CUAAUUUAGAAAAUAAAAAAGGGAGCACCGAAGAUGUGAUUCUACAAUAUGAGAUCGAGAUCACUGGUCUCAAUCAGAUUCGUGAUAAAGAACAACAGAUUUUGUUGCUAUGUGAAGAUACUUCACUAGCACAAAAUAAAUCAGUGGGAAAGUGA